UUGGCCGGGGCGGAUGGCGCGCCUGGCCGCGUGCGCCGCCGCCAGGUCGCGGUCUGAGGGCUUCCCGGUCCCUCGUUCCUCCCCGCGGUGCUUCUCGGACCCGAGGCGUCUGGGUGUCCGUGCCCGCCGGUCCAGGGCUGGCGACGGCUGCUCUUUCCGUUGGGCCUCCGUCCCCAUGGAGGAGCCUCCCUGGAAGCCCCUCAGCGGUGCGGAGAAGGAAAAGUUGAAGGAAAAACUAGCGUUUUUGAAAAGGGAGUACACCAAGACACUGGCCCGUCUUAAGCGUGCCCAAAGAGCUGAGAAGGUUAAGAAUUCUGUGAAGAAAACAGUAGAACAGGAUUGCUCGCUCCCGUAUAAAAUCUCACCACAGCAAGACAACCCAGCACCUAGAAACGAAGGAUCUCCUUGUGAAAAAUUACAGAUCAGUACCCAUCUUGAUGAGGAAACUGGAGAAAAGAUCUCUGUGACACUUCAUGUUGAACCCAAGUCUUAUAACUGUGAAGAUGGCCUAGGAGAAGGGUUGUGUUCACAAAGAACAGAUGACAGCCAAGAACAUCCACCCUGUAAGGCCUGUGAUCCUGUUAGUGAAAAAAGACGGACUGAACUGCCAGGGGAAGAAAAGCAGCCGAAGAGAACACUUAACUCACAGGAAAGAGAGGGUUUCUUUGACAUCAGUUCACUCAUACCCUCUGGCAAAAGAUUAAAGGAACAGGAGGCAAUCAAUAACAAAAAUCCUAGGUUAUCAGUAACUGAAGUAACUCACCUUCCGAGUCCUAAAUCCGAACUCCUAGAUUUUUCAGCACCAGCUACAGAAGAUGAUGGAGAGAGUGAAUUAAUUCCACCAACUGCUGAGUCAGAAAGAGCUAUUGAGAUAUCCUCAAGACGAAAUAGUUUUUUCAAGGAGACCGCAGCUCCUUGGCUCACUUUAUCAGACAGCAGUGAUAGUCAGCACCUCGAACAUACGCCCUCUAAAGGUCACUGUGAGCUUACGUCUCAGGAGUUUAAAAACAUUACCUCUGUUUCACCCAUAAAUCUGGAAGCACAAGGCAUAAAAAUGACUGUCUGCACAGAUAAUUCAGUGUUAAAUGAAGCUGUAAGUACGAGUAGCCAACUGCCUAAAAGUGCUAAUGAGGCAGGUAAUGCAUGCUCUGUAAACGAACUCACUUACAAUAACUCAUCAGCAAAUAAAUGCCAAAAUGUAAAUGAAAAAAAUCGCACGGAGAAAUCUGUAGAAUCUCCCAGUAAUACCCUCAGUUGUAGAAAUGUGAAUCUUCCGGAAGAUGAAGUUCUAAGUCACCCUAAAAAUCUUGGCCCAGAAGCAGUCUCUGUUUCUACAGAAAAUCCGAUACAUUCUUGCACGGUGCUUGAGGGCCUUCUGUUCCCUGCAGAAUACUACGUGAGAACAACACGCCGCAUGUCAAACUACCAGAGGAAAGUGGCCCUGGAAGCUGUAAUUCAGAGUCAUUUGGGUGUUAAGAAAGGGAUUAAAAACAAAAUUAAGGAAGCAACUAAAGGUUUAGAGCUUUCCAAUGAAGAAACUGACCGGGGUGAAGUUAGGAUGUCAGGUGCACGCACGGUUCACCCAAGUUCAAAAAGUCCUCUGGAAUUUCUCUCAUUAGCUGAAGCCACCUCUCCUGCUCGACCGGCUGCAGAUGACGACUGUCCUAGCAAGGCUGCUUCCCAGCCAUGCGGUAGAACAAACAGAAGACAAAGAAAAUCAGCCAGCGCCCCGGCACUAGAUCACUGGGAACUGCUUUUGCCAGCUUCCAGCAUGUUCACUGUGCACACGUCCGAGGAGGAAGUGAUACUGCACAAACAUCGGGAUGGACAGGCAGUUACGCACGGGAAGGAAGGUCAUUGUCCAGUAGAGGAGUGCCUUUCUCCCAGCGGUAAUGCUUCUCUGGCUUUGGGUGAUGACGCUUUCGCUUCUCCAUCUCGUAAGAACGAAAUGCUGAGUUUAAAGCCACUGUUGUCGUGUCUCAGCGUGACAGACUUCGAGUUACCUGAUGAGGACUUCGGGCCUCUUAAGCUUAAAAAACUGAAGUCCUGCUCAGAAAAACCAAGCGAACCUCUUGAGUCAAACACAUAUGGAGGGAGACAUCUAAAAGAAGGAAAUGAGAUUGUUCCGCAGGAAGUGAUUCCUAAACAAAUAGGUACAGCAACAGAAGACUUGGAAGAGGACCUGGUUCUACCAGAAAAAGCACAUCUUCAAAUGCCAAGCCAGAAAUGGCAGCCUACGGACAAAGGCCUUUCUUCAUCCAUAUUACUUUUUACCCCUUUACAUUCUGCCGCUCCUAGUGAUGGUAACCCCCCUGCCGCAGAGCUGUGUUCACCGGCUUUCCCCUUUGUGGGCACUACUCCCGCCUUCGGCUCCCCGGCAUGCUCUGGAACAGAGUCCGCUGAAGCUGGGCAAACCGGCUGUACGCCCCAGCUUUCUCACUUGAAAGACCCAGUCAUUCCUGCUAGGGAUAGUAGACAGUGUGACAGUUUAACCAGCCCAUCGGAACUGGAGACCAGCUUGCACGUGUCAGGUGGGCGAGGACAAUCUGCCUGUGACCGCGACUCCGGCCCCCAAGCAGCACCACCCACUGAGUCAUGUACUUUCAGGGAAAAUGAGCUCUGUGGAGACACACACCUGGAGUUGCACAAGCAUUGUGUUGAACAGACUGAAAUGGCAAAUCUUCCUGUUUGUGAUAGCUUAAACUCGGGCAGUCUGCAGUUGGUUUCCAAAUUAAAGAAUCCUUCCAGUUCCUGUUCCGUGGACGUGAGUGUCACGUGGUGGGAGGAAGCUGGUUUCAGAGAACCGUGUAUCAUAACUGCUUGUGAAUAUGUGGUUUCUGUCUGGAAACCUGUGGACCCUUCUCAGUGGGAAAAAAUUCAUACCUGGCACUUCACAGAGGUUCCGGUAUUACAGAUAGUUCCAGUGCCUGACGUUUAUAAUCUUGUAUUUGUAGCUUUGGGAAAUUUGGAAAUCAGAGAAAUCAGGGCCUUAUUUUGUUCCCCUGAUGAUAAAAGUGAAAAGCAGAAGCUACUGAAAUCUGGAAACAUAAAAGCUGUGCUUGGCCUGACAAAGAGGAGGCUUGUUAACAGCAGUGGGACCCUCUGUGAUCAACAAGUAGAAGUCAUGACAUUUGCAGAAGAUGGAGGAAGCAAGGAAAAGCAAUGUUUGAUGUCCCCCGAAGAAACUGUCCUAACUUUCGCUGAGGUCCAAGGGCUGCAGGAAGCCCUGCUUGGUACGACUGCCGUGAACAGCGUCCUUAUCUGGAAUUUAAAAACUGGCCGGCUCCUGAAAAAGAUGUGCAUUGAUAGUUGUUACCAGGCGACAGUCUGUCACAGAGCCUACUCUGAAAUGGGGCUCCUGUUUGCCCUCCUGAGUCAUCCUUGUGCCAAAGAGACUGAGUCCUCGGGCAGCCCUGUGUUUCAGCUGAUUGUGAUUAACCCUAAAACGGCCCUGAGCGUGGGUGUGAUGCUGUACUGUCUUCCACGAGGGCAGGCUGGAAGGUUCCUGGAGGGGGACGUGAAGGGCCACCUCGCAGCGGCGGUCUUGACCUCCGGCGCGGCCGCCGUCUGGGACUUGCUUCUAGGCCGCUGCACCGUUCUCGCGCCUGCCAGCCCUGACCGCAGCUGGUCUUUCGUGAAAUGGUCAGGUCCAGAUUCUCGCUUGCUGGCCGGACAGAAAGAUGGGAGUGUAUUUAUAUACCGCUACUCCUGAGGGAAGGGGGAGACAGCUGUCUGAACAUGGCUGGCCUCCUGGUGUUUGGAGUUACAGCUGUAAAGGAUAGUACCUGACAUUUAAAGUAAUGACUUGUGUGCGUCCUGGCAGACCUCCGUUCCGUUGUGCUGAUGGCGGUGGCACUGCUGACCUCAGUACUCGUUUCUCCUCACUAAAGGGCAGAGGCUCGGGGUGGACUUCUGUAAUUGCCCACGUUCGCACAGUUGCUGUUAAAGGUCUAUGUAAAGCUUCAAACGUCAAUAAAUAUUUAUUUUGAUA